AUGGAUUUGAUCAAUUCCUACUGCCACUCCGUCUACCUGUCUGUCCUCAUGAACCCCGCGAACCAGCGGGGUUGGUCGGACCUUAUUACCCGGGACCUCUUGGACAAGUUUCACGGCUUUCUCGCGAGCCUCCACGUGACCGUGGGCCUCCGACAGGGCCAGACCUUGCUGCCCCUGCCGCCCAGGGAGGCCGUCCAGGAGGGAGCUGGGCCAGGCAAGGCGUCGGCCAGCUCCAGCAAGGACCGGGUCCACGUGCUCGAGGGAGCCGUCAUUACCUGGACAAAGCAGGUCAGGUACGUACUGAAACAGGAGCCGGAGCACGUCUUCCGCGAAGGCAGCCCUCAGCCGGAUGCGGAGCUGCAGUUCUGGCGGAGCAGGGCCAACAACUUGAACUCGAUCCACAUGCAGUUGCAGAUGGAGGGAGUGAAGCGUGUGCUUCGCUUCUUGGAUGCGAACAAGAGCACCUACGUGGCGCCCUUCGCACGGCUGCAGAAGGAGGUGGAGGACGGUCGGGAGGAGGCGAACGACAACGUGAAGUUCUUGAAGGCCUUGGAGCCCCACGUGGACGCCUUGCUCAGCGAAACGCAGGACUUCGAGGUCUUGGAGCAAGUCUUUGAUGACGUCUUCCACGUUCUGCUCUUGGUCUGGCGGCAUUCCAAGUACUACAACUCCUUGGCGCGGCUGGCCGUCAUCGUGCGUCAGAUCUGCAACAGCCUCAUUGCGCAGGUGCCCCUCGGCCUCUGUGCGUCUCAUGGCAUCGCAUGA